AAACCAAACAAUUUGUUUACAGAAAGCAUUAUAAUUACCAUCUUAUCCACAAAUUAAACCAGAAGUUAUAACAACCACGAGCACAAUAAUCUAUAAUCGGGAGGAUAAAACGUGUUCCAAGUUUUUGCUGGUCCCGCUGAUCCCUAAAAGGAUGCGUAUAAAAUUUUCUACUAGUUAGUGGGCCGGUCCCGCCGCGGCGUCACGACUGAUCGCGCGCACCGCGCAGGCCCCGACGCGCACGCGCACUCCCUACGCUCACUAAUUUACAAAUUAAAUCCCUUUAUCGAUUACCGAUUCUUAUAAAUUCAUAUUUAAAACAAACAUUUAGUUCCCUAUUCUUUGAUCAUGUCAUGUGUUAUGAAAUUUGAAACAAGAGUGCUUUCUUUAAAGAGUUGUGUGUUUUUUUCAAAAGCGUUUUGACCGUGGAUUGGUCUUGGUGCUGGUUUAAUUUGAUGUGGUUCGCGUUGCACACGUGAAUGGUUUCUCUGAUAAGAACGCAGUGAACCGGCGUGAAGAUGACUAUCCGCAGCAUGACCGUGACCGACACCCGCGACGCCACCACCAAAAUUAUGUGCUGCAGGCGGCCGAGUAAAUUCAAGACCAAGGUGAUCAUCGGCUCGCUAGCGCUGCUCCUUGUAAUUGCGGCUUUCUGUGGCUUCAUCAUCAGCAACACCAACGUCAAGAAACAGAGCUUCGAGCCCCCGGACCCGGUGGAGCCGUUGAAACCUUCGGCUUCUUGGCUUCAUGUGUUUAAGAAGGCGGCAGUGUGCACUGAUGCGCCACCUUGUUCCGAAAUAGGAAGACAAAUCCUUGCCCAAAAUGGAUCAGCGGUGGACGCAGCGAUCGCCGCCAUGUUUUGCAACGGGUUCCUCAACCAGCAGAGCAUGGGUCUCGGCGGUGGCUUCUUCAUGACGGUCUACAUCAGAGAUGAAGAGAAGGCGUACACCGUCAACGCGAGAGAAACAGCGCCUUUGGCGGCUACGAGAGACAUGUUCAAAGGAGACGCUUCUAAAGCCUCUAAAGGGCCUCUAGCAAUAGGAGUACCAGGAGAGCUCCGAGGAAUGUGGGCAGCACACAAGCGGUGGGGCAAGCUGCCGUGGGCGGAUCUGGUGGCUCCCACCAUGGGCUUCUGCAGCUAUGGCUUCCAGGUGUCCAAGGUCAUGUUCGACGGACUGCUGGCCGCGCCUUAUAUCAAGAGUGAUCCAAUUUUAAGAAAAAUGUACGUGGACCCGUUAACCAACAACUUCUACAACCCAGGAACGAUAGUGAAGCCGAGCGAAGCCUUCUGCAAGACUCUUCGCCUCAUCGCCGAGAGGGGAGGCGACGAGCUCUACAACGGUACCCUGGCCAAGGACUUCCUUGACGACCUGAAGAGGGUCGGGAGCAUCAUCUCCGCUGAGGAUCUGAGGAACUACGAGGCAAAAAUAACCGAGACCAUCGACGUACGAUUAGAAAACGGGGAAAGACUACACGUGCCUCCACCGCCCAGCAGUGGGCUCAUCCUGGCCAACAUCCUGAACGUGCUGUCCGGGUACAGCUUCGGGCCGCACAGCAUCAACACAACGGAGGACAAGAUCCUGACAUACCAUAGGAUUAUAGAGGCAUUUAAGUUCGCGUACGCGACGAGAACUAAGUUGGGGGAUGCUGCGUUUCUGCAGUUAGAUGAGUUAAUAAAAAACGUGACGCAACCUGAAUAUGGGGCAGAGAUCCGCAGCAGAAUCAACGACUCAAUGACAAGCAAUGACUCCUCAAUAUACGGUGCGGAGGUGUACCAGCAACCUGAUGCUGGCACAGCGCACAUCUCUGUGAUAGCCAGUAAUGGAGACGCUGUGUCCGUCACCAGCUCUAUCAACUACUAUUACGGCUCCGGCUUCACAACUCUAAACACGGGCAUCGUAAUGAACAACGUGAUGGACGACUUCUCCUCACCAGGCAUCACUAACUACUUCGGCCUGGAGCCUUCCCCGGCCAACUUCAUCGCGCCAGGAAAGAGACCUUUAUCUUCCAUGAGUCCUAGCAUUAUUUCUGAUACUGUAGGCAACGCCAAGAUGGUGCUUGGAGCUUCUGGAGGCACUAAGAUAACCACUGCCGUUGCCUUGGUGGCCAUCCGCAAGUUAUGGUUCCAGCAGACGAUCAAAGAGGCGGUUGAUGAAGCGCGGAUACACCAUCAGUUGCUGCCCAUGCAAGUGGAGUACGAGUUUGGAGUUACCGAGGGAAUCGUGAAUGGCCUAAAAGCCAAAGGCCACGCAAUGACCCGCUACCGCGGCCGCGGCUCCAUCGUGUGCGCCCUCUACAGGAACAAAACGGCAAUAUACGCCAACGCCGACUUCAGGAAAGGAGGCGAUGUUUCUGGCGAUUAGAUCACACUUGAAAUUUUAAAGUCAUAACUGAAUCUCUUGCAUCUACGAGUUAAUUCACUUACAUAAGACUUAAAAUGAAUGAUCAGAUGUCAAACAGUAAAAAAAAAACUCGUUACUGCAAAAUGUUGAUAGAUACGGAAGUUCGGCCGAGCUUGCCGGAGACUCUUAAUUUACGCCUACUACCUACAUGAUUCCGUAUUUGGUCAUAAAAAUAAUUAUGUUUCUAAAUAUUUAAAUCAUUAGUAAUCUGUUGUUAUCGUUAUUAAGUAACAAUUCAAUACCUCACUAAUGAGUCUCAUAAGAGUUGUUAAGCGCGUGAAAUAAGUUCCUGAUUUUUAACAGAUUUCCUUAUGGUUUUACACUUAGAUAAAGAAAGUAGCUUCCAAGCUCUGUGAUUACAUGCGAUAAUGCGAAAACUUUAUGAUGAGCACUUGGUGUCGCAUUUAUUAGUCUUAAUAAGUUCGAAGUGGUACUAGAAAUAAAAGAAAGUGUUUAUCUACAGUGUUUACAUCUAAAUUAUAGGUGCGUCCAGAUUUUUUCGUCCUUAGCACAGUGGACAUAAUAACUCAUGAUACGCGUUUAGUUGUUCCCAGCGCUGUAAGGGUUAAAAUCCUUUACUUAAGAACUUUGAAUGCUGUUACUUAUCAAUAUAUCUCUUAAUAUCCGACAAGUUAUCGGUUUCGGGGCCGACAUUGAGGCAUGUAAACUUAAUGAAAUUAUAAACAUUCCUAGUAUCCCAGCCGAUAUCAAACCUACGGGAUCGUCUCUUAAGAUAAGGUACGAGUAUACUAGAAGACGGAUGAAAACAGUUGAAAAUAAGAGAAAUGUACAGUGUUUGCCGAUAGUUUUUCAUAUUUUAAUAGCAUUAAUAAGUAAUUACUAUUUUUCAGGCUCAAAUCAAUCUAUCUCUGUCACAAUGCUUUAAGCUUAGUAUUGUACUAAGCUAAUAACACAAAAACUAAAGAAAAUGCCCUUGGUCUAAACGUGUCUGAAAAGACAAGCUGACGUUGCAUAGACAUUCGUGAACCUUAUUGCAACACUAUACGGUCUAACAAUAGUUCUAACUUACCUCCUCGGCAUAGGCAAAAUCAAAAUAAUAGUCACACGAACCCGCCGCUUAAAUUAUUACACAGAAAUAAUAAAAGCGAGUAAAAGUUGUAUGUAAAACUUCUAAUCGCUAUAAUUUAUUUGUAUUACAAUUUCUAUCAACGAAAACUAGUACUAGACAUGUAUAAUUAUGUUACAUGAACAAUCAUGCUGUCGGUUUAAAAUGUAAGUUCUAUUGUAUGGCGGCGGAUAAGUUUGUGUGGCUCAAGUCCCCUGGAGGUUUUCGAUAUCUCAUACAUUUUGUAUGAUCUCGCGCAUCUGUACCUAUAACGUAGAGGGAAUUACUCUGCCGACGGGAUACCGCUUCCGCGGGACUCCAGGGAUUAACCUUUUGGACGCCAAUGGCCGAUAUUGUAAGUUCUAUUGUAUGGCGGCGGAUAAGUUUGUGUGGCUCAAGUCCCCUGGAGGUUUUCGAUAUCUCAUACAUUUUGUAUGAUCUCGCGCAUCUGUACCUAUAACGUAGAGGGAAUUACUCUGCCGACGGGAUACCGCUUCCGCGGGACUCCAGGGAUUAACCUUUUGGACGCCAAUGGCCGAUAUUGUAAGUUCUAUUGUAUGGCGGCGGAUAAGUUUGUGUGGCUCAAGUCCCCUGGAGGUUUUCGAUAU